UCUAUCUCCACCCAACACGUGCAGAGUUAAACUUGUUUCCGGGUAAAGUAAAUUCAGAAUCAGAAUUUGAAAAUCAUUUCAGAAAAGAUGGCAUAUAUGAAGGUUCUACUCCGUUCCAAGUCCACAUUGCACCUAGCAAGAGCCCCCAGUCUAAGAUCUUGGGCCACUUUUAUGGGAAUUAUAGCUAUGGGACUGGGCCUGUUGAUCUACUCCGAUGAAGGCAUCCUCUGGAAGUUGUUCUGGUUCUUCUGCACUGUCUUUGUUGCCAUUUCAUCGCUGGAUGACUGGGAGGAUUGUGUCAUUGACAGAGAGUCCUCCGUGGUCAAGCUGGAGAGAGAUAGACUUAUGGAGAGGCUCGUCAUGCCAACCCAAAAGGCCAGGAGUGUUGUUGCUGAUAUUUCGGAGGUUUGUCACGUUGAGGUGGAGCAAGAGGACAUUCGGUUCUUUGGCCGUGGCUACUACGUGGCUCUCCACAUGACCUCAGGAAUGGUGCUGCCAGUUACAGAAAAAUGCACCCUUGGAAACUCAAGAGAGCAUCAACAGAUCGCAGAUGCGAUCAAGGAUUUCCUGCAGGAAGAGUUAAGCCGAAAUCAGGAGCUAUAUGUUCGACAGGCUGACCAAGACAUUUACUCCUCCUCGUCAUCUUCAGAUGAGGAGAUUAUUGAUGCAGAGAACACCAAAAAAUGAUAGAUGCAAUGAGUUUACCAGUUGCUACUGCUAGGCCACAUUGAGAACUGCCACACUUUCUUUUGUACUGUUUCGUGUUCUAUGUAGUUUUGUGUAUUGAUCCACUCUAAUUGCUUUGGACUCUCUUAGAAAUUGUUCUCAUCCAUGGCAUUAAAAGACCAAAAAGAAAACAAAAAUGUACACACUGACAAACCAAUAAAUCAUGGCAUUUUUACCUUAGUAGGUAGAUUUGCUGUUACGUGUUUUCUCGUUUCUCAGAUCAACUUGAAGAAACCAGACAGGUGCACAAGAGCAACUCACCAGUAACCAUCCACGAUUCCUAGCAGCAGCCAACCAAUCCUAUCAAUAUCUUUGCCAGUUUUACCAGUUCAGUAAUUGUAGAUAAUUUUAGUAAAUUGGGCCAUCCCGAAAUUUACAGAGAUAAUAGACAUAGCUGUGGCUUUGUUUAUUGUGAGCUUGUGCAUGUUGUUUUGUCUGCCAGCAAAGGCCUGGAUCCAGCUCAAAACAGAAGAUUCAGAUGAUCUCUUGCAAACUUGGCAACAAAGUUGAAUGAGGUCUGGUUGUAAAUUGAGGAGUGCCCUGUAAACCUGACUAAUGUAUCAGCGCUCACUAAUGAGAUGAGAUGAGACAAUAUGAAGCAGAAAUCUGUUUAGAGCAGACGCUUUGUACAUUUAUUUAUUUAUUUGUGUUGUAGACGUCCAUUGUAAUCAUUUAAAUAUUGCUUAUCCUAAUCCAUUUGCAUGAAUAUGAUUUUAAUAUUUUUGUAAUAAAAUAUUGUGGAAGUUUUUA